CUCUUCCUUUUUCUGUGUACCCAUGAGCCCGCAGGUGGAGGGUAGUGUUCACCGUGGCUGAUUGUACCGUGGCUUGCCUCUAUUUGUUGGAUGAAUUCCUCUGGAAAAUGGAACAUAGUAGGAUUCUGGCUGGCCUGAUACUGGCUGCUUUUCUCCCUCAAGGAAGCUUCUUCAAGAUAGAAGUGACCGAACAUGAGGACCAAGUAUUUGUGAAUUGCAAUACCAGCAUUAACUAUGUAGAAGGAAUGGUGGAAGCAUGGUUUGCAAAAAAUAAAACACUGAACUUGGGAAAAGGCAUCCUGGACCCACGAGGGAUAUAUAAGUGCAAUGGGACAGAGGAGUCGACGAAGGAAGAGUCUACCAUACAAAUAUAUUACCGAAUGUGCCAGAACUGUGUGGAGCUGGACUCAGCCACUGUGGCUGGCGUCAUCAUCACCGACCUCAUUGCCACUCUGCUUCUGGCUUUGGGAGUCUACUGCUUUGCAGGACAUGAGACUGGAAGGCUCUCUGCAGGUUACUGGAAGCUUCUAACAUUCAAGCCCUGUUGAAGAAUGAGCAGCUGUAUCAGCCUCUCCGAAAUCGUGACGAUACCCAGUACAGCAGUCUUGGAGGGAACUGGCCCCGGAACAAAUGAUCCUGAGACCGGGAGACUGGGGCUUCUCAGAGUGUCAUUAUCAAGUGUGCCUUCCCUUUGUGCUCAGCCAAUAAAGCUGUGUUCUUUCAGUCA